AUGAAUGAUUUUUCAAAUUCUGACUCAUCGGAUGAUCUAGAAAUGUCAUUCGCAAUGAAAGUUGGAGUUGACAUUGCCCCUAAAAUCAUAAACACUGAUAUUUUUGCAGAAAAACCUCAACAAUCCAAAUUUAUUCAGGCAAAUCUUCCUAUAGCGGAACAAGAAAAAUUUAUGGAACAGAAAUCCAUGAAAGAUAGACAAGAGAUUACAAUGCUUGAUUCAAUUUGGAAAGAAAUGCAUCACAAGAAAAAUGAAAAAUCUAAAACAGAUAAAUCGCACAAACAUAAGAGAGUAAUACCAUGGGAUGAAUCAAAAGCACCAGAAAAGGAAGCUCCUAUAUUUGAUCGUGUUGCUUACGCUAACAAAUUAAAGAAUAGAACUUGGAAACCCCUUGUUGGUAACCAAGAAUUAGAAGAUACUGCUAUUUGGUUCAAUGUUAUCAACCAUAAAGAUCAUCUUGGCCGUAGCUGGGUCAAACCUCCAUUAAAUCUUCAAUUAGUUCCUCAUGAAUGCUGUCUUCCAAAGGUAAACAUUCAUACAUACAGCUAUCAUACUGCAAUGAUUACAGAUUGCGAAAUGAUACCAGAUUAUGGCCAUUUCAUCCUUUCUUCUUCCCUAGAUUCGACAAUCAGAAUUUGGAGUUUAUUCGGCGAUCGACAAUGCAUACAGUCUUACAUCGGGCACCAGAAUGGUGUUAGAGAUAUCGCGUUUAAUCGAGACGGAAUGAAGUUUGCAAGUAUAUGUUUCGGAAAAAAGUUGAAAUAUUGGGAAACAGACCAUGGAAAUGUCUUUAAUAAUAUUCUUUUAGAUGAUAUACCCGUAAGAAUUGCAUUUCCUCCCUUGGAAGACCACUCAGAAGAAAUUAUUGUUGCAUUAGCCAAUGGAUCAGCUGUUCAUUACGAUUUCAGAUUAGAUGGAAACAAAGAAAAAUGUUUGGUAUAUAAUUACCAUACAAAACCCACAUUAUCACUUGCUUUCCUUCCAGGAACGAAAUAUUUCGUAACUUCAUCCGAAGAUACAUCGAUAGCUCUAUGGGAAAUGGGCAUAGACAAGCCAUUAUUUGUCUGCCAGCAGCCAUGGAUGUCCGCAGUUACUGCAUUAGUUGCUCAUCCGAAAGAAUCAGCAAUUGCAGCUCAAAUGGCCGGAAAAGAAAUUGCUGUCUUCAAAGUUACAUCGAAUUCAUUAGAGCCAGAUGUAAACAGAUCCUUUGUUGGCUGCGAAACUCAGAGUUUUCCAUGUCGACCAUCAUUUUCUCCGGAUGGAGGCUUCCUCGUCCAAGGAGAUAAAGACGGUGUAAUACACAUCUGGGAUUGGAAGAGUACAACCCAAAUGAAGACAUUUUCAACACCAAAUAACAUGGUUAUUUCAAAAUGUCAAUGGUCGCCAAGGCAUCCUUCACAAAUCAUUUGUGGAUGCCAUGAUAAUAAUAUGUACUUAUUAGAUUAG